AUCUAAUGAUGCCAAAAUUUAUCGCAAAUUGUGGUAGCAUCAGUUAGAAUAUAGUUAAACAUCAUGAAAACCGUAGUUUGGUAACAUUUAUAUUGUUCGAUAGCGAAUUAUAACUUACUAUUUUGACCAAAAAUGAAUAAGUUGAAAAGCUGUCUCUGCUGUGGAGUGGGAUCUCCGGAGCCGAUCAGUCCGGCUGCGACUGGGAGGCCGAAGAAGAAGAGUCACGCGGCCCAGCCCCACCCAGACGCCACAGACUGCCCAGGGGAGAACAUGCCUCUUACCUCCCCCACCCAAAACAACAACAACUCCAAAGGACUGUCUCUGAAGCCGUGUGCGAAUUCGAUCAACUUCAUGUUAUUGGGAACAUCUGGCAGUGGAAAGACCACCAUCUUCAAACAGUUUGACAAGAUGUUCCAAGCAGAUGUUUUCACCAAUGGGAGAGCAGCUAGCAUCAUCGCCAUUAAGGAGUUCGUCCGCUCUUGCUUCACUAGAUUCACCCGACAACUCCCCGACGACACCUCGUAUCCCUCGGAGGAGAUCCAGAGUCUGGCGAUGAGUUUGCAGGACACCACUGAGUCACGCGACAUCUUCGACAACUUAGAUGACCACAUCAUAGACAACUUGGCCCUGUUGUGGACUGUGAUCAAGGAAUGUUCGUGUGUGGCGGUGUGUCAACAGGAGUCGGACUAUUUCUUCCUGGAGAAACUGCAGGAAUGUCUCAAGGUCAACUAUAUCCCUUCUGACGACGACUAUUUGCGAUGUCGGGUCGAGACCCAGAUGUCGGAGAGAAGGAGGUAUGACAAUGUGCCUGUCGGCAGCAAGACCUGGGCCCUCACUCUGACAGAUGUGAGGGGCAACAAGGACGACAGACGCAGCUGGUUCGGAUCAUUCGACGAGGUGGAUUACUUCUUGUAUGUGGCCUCCUUGGCUGAUUACAACCUGACGAUGGAGGAGGAUACUAGCAAGAACAGAUUGCAGGACAGUCUGGAGACCUUCAGUGACGUAAUGGAGUGUCUCAAGACUCUCUCCAACUUCAGCAGGAAGGGAGUGAUUGUACUGCUGAAUAAAGAAGACUCGUUUAAGGAGAAAAUAGCCAAAGACCCCCUCGAAAAACACUUCCCCAAAUUCCAGCCCAACAGACCGAAUGACGUGAUGGAAAGCAAAAUGUUUGUCAAGAGUCAGUUUUUACAGACCGCCAAAAAGAAGGGAAUCGACACCAAAAUGAUUGACGUGAAGUUCACUUCGGCCAUCGAUAAAAAGUUCGGCGACAAAAUUAUUCACGCGUUGCUUAAGAAUAUCGUGCAGCAAAUUAUUAAAGGUUAAUUGCGCUCAAACGGGCUAAUCACUAACUUACCAGCUUAAUGAAUACGAGUAUUUCAAUAUGUAAAUUUCUUGUCCAAAGAAAAUAUAAAACUUUGCUCCCAAACAAAAAUUC